CCUGAGCGACCUGAUGACCAUCUCGCUGUUGGAGUACAAGAUGGAGUGGGAGGAACUGGUGACCAUGUGGCACGGGGGAGUCAAGAAGCGGCGCCCUGCCAAAGAAGUUGUGAUGGCACAGGGCUCGAGGCCGACGAAGAAGCCGAAGAGGUCCGAUGCAGUAAAAGUGGCAAAGGCAGCAGCGAAGGCAGCAGCAGCAGCAGCUCGAGAGGCAGAGGCAUUGGCUGCUGUGGAAGCAGCACGUGUGUUUGAGGAGGAUGCUGCAGCUGGCCUUGUGUGGAGGAGGAAGGGCAAGGGGAAGAUGAUUGCCAUUGAAUCUGACUCUGAGGAAGAGGAGGAGGCCCCUGUGGACAGCGACACCGACUCUAACUGAAGGCAUCACCAUGAGUACCAAGCAGCCUCAGCAGCAGUAGCAGGCAGCCUCAGCAGUAGUAGCAGGCAGCCUCAGCAACAACAGCAGCAGCAGUAGCGGCAUUAGUAGGAGUAGCAGCAAAAUAAGUGCUCUUAGGAGUA